AUGUCGGUCAACGUACGCCCGAAAUCCGUGUCCGGCAAAGUCCGUGCGGCUCGCCUCGAAGUUGUCGAUCGCCUCGAGAAACAGUUGGCAGAUGCCAAGCAAUGGUAUGACUUUGACCGCCCCCAAGACUAUCGACAAGCACGAGCAGAAGGCACUCACGGGUUCAACCGUCUGCAACUGAAUGACCAAGCCCGCUUGGUUUAUGCUACCGGGCGUGACGGACAGAGGAUUGAACUCCGGGUGAUUGAACCGCCUGGGCCGUCGAAAGGCGUGUUCCUCCAUUUCCAUGCAGGUGGCUUCGUCAUUGGGAGCAAUGCUUCUUACGAUGGGUACUUGACCCGACUCUCCGAAGCAUCCGGCCUGACCGUCGCGUCUGUGGAGUACCGACUCGCGCCGGAGCACCCAUUCCCAGCGGGCCGCGACGAUUGCGUAGAUGCGGCCCUCUUUGCUCUUUCUGCCCAAGGUAUUAGUGCACUUGGGGUUCCGUUGCGAGUACUAGGCGGAGAAUCAGCCGGUGCCUGGUUUGCCGUUGCAGUUGCCCUAGAAUUGCGGGAUAAGCAUGAAAUCGACGUCAAGUCACAAAUCGCUGCCAUCUGUGCUGGCUAUGGGAUAUACGACUUGACCUAUACGCCUUCCUUGCUGUCGCACACAAGGAACAUAGUUAUCAGUCGCGAGACCAUGAUGAGAUUUUCUGAGGCGGCUUUUGGUCAUAUCCCGUUCAGCGACAGGAAAAGGCCUGACAUAUCCCUGUUAUACGCUGACUUGGGCAACCUACCCCCGGCGCAUUUUCUCGUGGGAAAUAUUGAGCCACUACUUGAUGAUAGCAUCUUCAUGGCUGCCAAGUGGAUCAACGCGGGGAGUGAAGCUGAGCUGCAUGUUGUUGAGGGUGCUUGUCAUGCCUUUACGCUGUUUCCGCUGGGUGAGGUCACGGAACUGGGGAUUCAGGCAGUUGUUGACUUUGUGCAUAUACAAAUGAAGCGCUUUGCAAUGUAG